CUUCAGUCGAGUCGAGUCGGGCAGUCGUGCGCGCGAAGGGGAGCGAGAGAAGGGAAGGCCAGCCGAGGGAGCAGGGAGCACGCCGCCAGCCUAAGCAGCCGACCGUUGCGUUGCCGCCGUCGACGUUCCGCCGUCCCGCGCACCUCCAGGACCUCCAGGACACGCAGGGCACUGUGAAGCACCCUCGUCGCCGCCUGCCUUCGCGCGUCACCGGCCGAGUCGCCGUCAGAGCUAGACCAGACUGCCGGGUCCAGCCCUCGGCCCAGAGUCCGACCCGUUCGCACCGCGCCGCCGAGCCGCCGAGCAAUGACAGACCAGGAGGUGUCGUCCAUCAUGGCGCAGCCUCUGCCGCCGGCCCUGUGCUUCCAGCCAAUCUCAGCGUCGCCUCCUCCCGAGGUUGACCGGGAGACCCAGCGCGCGGCGGACAUGCGGUUCGCGGCGUCGCUGGCGGAGAAGGUGUCCCUGUUCAACCAGCAGGCGGACAGGCACAUCAAGAAGCAGGAGCUGAACCCCUUCAGCGCGGCCAGCAGUCGCUCCGGCAGCCGGUCGCCGCGCCCCACCUUCAGCAAGGACCAGUACGGCAAGCCUCCACCCGGCUCGGAGUCGGAGUACCGCGCCAUCAAGGGCAGGAUAUCCAUGAACAAGGACAUCCUGGAGCUGUGCGAGAUCCUGAACCAGGAGGGGGAGCUGCAGAUCGUGGAUGGCAUGCCCGUCAAAGUGAUGUGCUUCAGAGACGUCUUCCAGCUGUACACAGUGAUCAACGACAAGGUGGUGGGGCUGCUGUUGCGCGCUCGGAAGCAGGGUCUGGUUGACUUCGAGGGCGAGACACUCUUCCAGAGACGAGACGACCACGUCCUCAUCGGCCUCAUCAAGCCCAUCGAGGAGAUCAGGGUCAUCUUCCGGAAGCACUUCGACGACCUCAAGGAGGAGGAGCGGCGGAACAAGGAGGCCGCCCAGUCGCAAGUGCUGCAGGUGCCCAACUACUGAGGGGGUGGACAUUUCGACAAGUUCCCGCGCAAAUUUCACGGAGACUAUCCCGAAACUGGACGACUGCGUGAAGGGAAGACUCCUGAGUGUAUUUUUCUUUUUUUGGCUAUAGAAUCCAUUAUACAAAGUACAUUUUACCGUGAUGUGAUGGGGAACGAGACUUACUCUCUGGCCAAAUAAUUUUAAGCAAAAUCUAGCGGAAGGAGGAAAGACGAUAAAGUACCAAAUAAAUCGAGAAAAAUGGUAUGAAGGUAGGCUGCUUCAUGUCAAGAAAAAGUAGAUGAUCUCUUAUGUUUUUAUAGAGAAAAAGUAAAUGUUAUUUUGUGUGUAAGUACUUGAAUGAUCAAGAGUGAAUGUUAGCGUAAGUGUUUUUAAGUUUCUUCUGUACAAAAGAUUCCCCUUAGUGAGCACAGUGGGGAGAAAUAAGUCUUGUAAGGCAAAUAAAGCACAAAGUUUUCAA